CCAAACAAACCCCAAAACCAUGGCGACGCCAGACAAAAACGCAAGCUCGCCCACGACGAGUCCACCCGUCGAUCCAAAGGAGCGCUUCUUCCGGUACUUCCAGCACGAGAUUGUAGCCCUACAAGAACAAAUGGAACGCCUCGGCAACACGCCCGCAGCAGGCGGGGAGCGCAGCGAUGCAAUCGAGCACUGCCUGGCCGGCAUAGCCCGGCUCUCGCACGAGGUCAAAGAUGCAUCCAGCUAUGUGCCUACAUACGACCAGCGCACGUACGGCGAGGCCAUCAAAGCGCUAUCGGAGAAACUGCAAACAACCCGCACCCAGCUCGCGCCUCGCGCCAAAUUCUCCUUCAAGAACCGCAAGAACCCGUCCGCAAUCAGCCUCCACGACGCUGCCGAGCUGGCCGCGCAGCAGAAGCUCAAGCUGCCCGACUACACCACCUCUUCAGCAGCCUCGGGCGUGUCUUCUAUAGCCCCAUCGCCGAAACCUGGAGCUCCACCCGAUGAUGACGAUAACGAUGACGAUGACGAUGAUGAGAAAAAUGGUAACGACAACAAGCCCAUGCCCGAGUUCCCCGUCAACAAGAAUCUGGCCGCCGCCGCACAGGGCGGCAACGGCAAGUCUGCGAUCCGCAAGCCGAGCUUCUCCAACAGCCCCAGCGUGACAAUCGCGAACCACACGAGCCAGCACAUCAUUCUGCCGACGUCGGCGUCUCAUGCUACGUCUUCUGGGACGUUGUCCAGCCUGAAACGGUGUGUGGUGGACAUGUCGCAGCCGACGUCGCAUGGGGGACCGUUUGCCGCGCUUACGCUCAAAAACAUUUCUUCGAGCUUGAUAAUAUGCGGGCAGGUGUCUGGGUCGGCGCAUGUGACGGGUCUGAGCGGGAGUGUUGUGGUGGCAUCGUGUCGACAGUUUCGGAUGCACGCGAGCACGAACGUGGUUGUGUACCUGCAGUGCUCUAGUCGGCCUAUCAUUGAAGAUUGUGAGGGGAUCCGGUUUGCGCCGUUGCCGGAGUUCUAUGUCGUGCAGAGCGUGAACCGGCCGGUGAACAUGUGGGACCAGGUCGAUGACUUCAAAUGGUUGAAGGCGGAGCAGAGUCCGAAUUGGAGCAUAUUGCCGGACGAGGAGAGACUAAAAGAAGGAAUUUGGGAGGGUGUGGUGCAAGGAGGUCCGAAUAUAGGACUCGAUCAGAUUUUGGAAGCUGUGUUGAGAAAGUAGUUCUCCACAAGUGGAGGGAGAAGAGGAAAGCUACCAUUGGAGAGUCAGCCAGCUGCAUUCAACGUGCAUUGUGCGGACUCCUCAUCUGAUCGUUGUCUAUGUGAAUAAAAACCAUUUUCCACAAGAACUUUGAUCGUACAAGCAGGGCCUAGUGAGAGUCGAAGAAACACAUGACGAUGAUGUG